AUGCCGCCGUCACGCUUUCUCGCUCAGGCGUCCAAAUGGCGCAACGCCGUUGCGAUGCCAGGCAAGCCCAAUGAACGGUACGAAGAGCUUGGGUCCGGGUACGUGUCGGGCUCUAAUUGUGCUUUCGUCGAUGAAGUCAAGGGACAAGGCACACUCGUCAAAGCUGGCCCGUGGCCCUUGGCGCCUCCUGCCACGGAUGAGAGCGAGAAUCCAACCAAAGCUGCCUCACAGGAUCGGUUCGGCUACAAGCCCUCGCUGCUUGUUCGCGGCGCUGCGGCAGGAUCGCUCUUGCUUGUCGAUCUGACGCAACCUGGUAAGAAGAAAAAACAGGUUCUUUCGAUCAAUGCUCUCCAGGACACCGCAGCUCUUUCCGAUUUUGACAUCGCACCGUGGUGGAGCCUUCAAUCAGCCUCUGUCCUCGUAGCCGCUGCCAGCAACACCAGCGACCAGGUUCAGAUCACUAGAAUGCUGCAACCUUUUUCUCAAGAUGGAAUACGAGCAGAUGCUUCCUUGUUGCGGGCUCCUAAGGGGGGAGCGAUCGGCGUCUCGAGUCUACAGUGGCAUCCAACAGUCCCAGGUUUGCUGCUCGGCUCGCAGGGCUCAACGGUGAACAUUUGGCAGACUGCAGAAGACCGUAGCUCUCAGACAUUCAGCCUUAAAACGGACUCACAAGGGAGCGCUUUGAGACAUGCAGCGUGGAGCUCUGUAGGUAUAGGCAGCCAAGUGGGGGGAAUGACAGCCGAUGGAUACUUGGUGCUGUGGGACGCAAGAAGUGGCAAUGCAGUCGUCACAAAGACGCUGGCCCAUGCUAGCAAAGUCAAACCGUCACGCCUAUGCUUUGUGCGGGACUCGGGCCUGCUCCUCACGUCUGGAUUUUCUCAAAUGCGACAACGGGAAAUCGGUGUUUGGGAUCCUCGCUCCCUGACGACACCUUUAAAAAGGUCCAUCUUGACGGAUUCAACCUCCCCGUCUGUGCUGACACCGGUAGCCGAUGAUAUUCGAAACAUUGUCUACCUCAUUGGCCGCGGUGACACCGCCGUCAAAUGGAUCGAGCUAGACGCACAGAAUGCGUUCAACGAGGGCUCACACGCUUUGGGCGCGGGUGUCGAGGCUGCCGGACCGGCAGCUCUAGCGCCGCAGACACUUUGCAACGUCAUGCAGGCGGAAAUCGAUAGGCUCUAUGUGCCUGUUGCGAAAUCUGAUGGGAUCAUACCUGUCAAGAUCCACGUUCCAAGGUGGCAGCUGAUCGACUAUCACGAGAACCUUUUCCCUGACUCCCUAAACUUUGUUACCUCGGGUGUUGAGGAGGAAAGGCAAAAGGCAUAUGCUUGGGCAGAACGGAAAGAUGAAGACAUAUUACCCUCGCUGAUCAGUCGGGAUCCUCUCAAGGUUGAUAUUCAAAUCAAGCAGAUGCAGAACACGUUCCGGCCAUCGACACUGACAUCGGCGGCAGUGCCGUCAUCGCCCAAUGCGCCUGACUAUAUCAUUGAUCGCACCUGCGAGCGAGGCCCCGCGCCUCAUUCCGAGGCGGGGUCCAUUUCAAAUACAAACACAGAUACUCAGAGCGUGGUGCUGGAGAGCACCAAUGGGCCGCCUCCAAGUUCACAUGAGAAGCCUCUCGUUCCUGCACUGGCCGCCAACCAAGCGAACGCCACGGAAAUUCAGCCAUUGCGGACUGUGUCAGCUCAUGCUGAAGCCGCAACUCUAACCUCUAGCACAUCGUCUAGCAACGCUUCUGAGCUUGCCGCAAGUGCGCCAACGGUCGCGUCGAGCACUGUAUCGCAUGCAAGCUCCGCGCCUGCUGCGCCGGCCCCACCAGACCAACGUCCACAUUGGUCAAGGCGCUUCCUUGCAGGCUCGACUCCUUUGAUCCCGGCGCAUCAAAAUCUCUCAGCCUUUGAUACUACGAUAUCUCCCGACAAACGUGCCUUUGAUGUGAACUGUCUCUACCUCUUCUACCCCGUUUCCAGUCCAGGAGGACGCAUCGGCUUUCACCCACUCGCAGCUCAAGGGCGCAUGCCUCUUAGUCCGCCCUCGAUCCGAUGCAACUCGAAGUUCAUCGACUUUGCACUCGAUCCAUUCAACCCGCUAUGUCUCCUCACGGCUAGCGACGAUGGCAAAGUACGAAUAUGGCAGCUUCCGGCUCCAGAAAGCGUCACCGAUGCGCUUGCCGCUAAGGAUCAGCCUGCCGCUUGCGCUGCCCUUGACGUCACGGUACCCAUGACAACGCUAGAGCUCCCCAGUCAAUGCUCCUCAGCAAGAAUAGCAGAGAUCAAGGCUAGCCCAGUGGCCAAUGAUGUCAUUGGCGCGAUUCUUGCCGGCACCGGCAACGAGAGCCGCUUUGUCAUUUGGAACGCGCGGACUGAACAGGUAGAGCUCAGCAGCCAAACAGGUGCCAAGGGCAGCUUCGGCUUUUCUUGGAGCCCAGCGGGGAACUACGUUGCUGUUGCGGGCAAAGACAAACAACUACGCGUGUUCGACCCGCGCAUGCCAUCACAGGGUGGUGAAAUCGCGGCUCACGAUGGUCCGAGAUCGUUCAAAACAAUCUGGAUUGACGACAAGCAUCUCAUCACCACUGGGCAUGGCCUCGAGUCUCUGCGGCAAAUCAAACUGUACGAUGUUGAGCCUACCGAUGGUGCGGUGUCGGUGAAACUUGUAAAGACGCUACCUCUGGACAACAGCCCUACUGUGCUAUUCCCGCACUUCGACCCGGAUACGAACAUUCUCUGGCUCUGGAGCCGCGGGGAUCGCUCGGUCUCAGCGUAUGAAGUGUACCCCCACCCGCCUUCUGCCAGCAUUGACAUGCUCUCCACACUGCCGACAUGGCAGGCUGGAUCGCCACAGGUGGCGCUCGCGUUCCUUCCAAAACGACACGUGAAUGUGAAACAAGUCGAAGUGGCGGUCGCGUACCGAGUGUCGCAAAGGGAGAUCCAACGCGUCGGAUGGAACUUCUCGCGUGCGCGCGAUGACAUCUUUGUGCCCACGCAAGACGUGGAAGAGCCAUUGUGCAGCGCAGACGACUGGAUCUCUGGUCGGGUUCAAGUUCCGACUCGGCGUUACCUCAGCUUGCAACCCAAGAACAUGACGCCGCUUUCGCUUGCACCUACAAAACACAUCGCAUCCACACUACCUAAGGGUCCGAUUGCGAAAGACCUGUCAGAGGAAGAGCGAAAAGAGCAGCUUCUUAAUAACAUCUUCAACAAAGCGAAAGUGGAUCCCUCCGAAGACGCUGCGGACGGCCGAGCGGAUCGCCCGCAGUUGCACACCGCGGCCAAGCUGGCGCCGGACAACGACGACUGGUCCGAUUAG